GAAGCAGUCAGAACUUGAAGAAAAGUAGUUAGUUAUAGACGAGUAUUUUAUAUUUUAACUUUAAAAUAACGUUAGAAAUUGUACUAAUAUUUGCAUAUUGCAUCUGUUUAUCAAGUGCCCGCUAUAGGACGGUAUUUUUAUCAUGCUAUUUAAUUUUACGAACAUAGUUGUGUGACUCUUUCAAAGAUUCGAAAUAACUGCAGGAAUUCGGUCAUUAACCAGGAGAAAGUUAGUUCAUUAGGCCAUUGCCAAAUUAUUAUUGGAAGAUGAAUACCUCAAACUUACUUAGAUCCAUGGUCAGGAGCAGUACACUGUUCAGGAAUCACAGACAUUUGCCCAGGUACAUGAAACCAUUAAAUUUCUGCAAAAUGUCAGUAUCAAGUAACGCAUCUCAACUAAUCACUCAAAAGACGAAAGAAUCUUUUGAGGACGCGCUUCCAAGCAUCAUGGACACUAUCACCACUAACACACAGUUUGCAGACGUCCCCGAAGUUGGGAAUUGGGUGAAAAAGACGCUGGAUUAUAACUUAGGAGGAGGGAAGAAAACGAGAGGUAUGACAACACUCCUUGCGUAUGAGAUGUUUGAGAAACCAGGGAAUGUAACUGACGAAACCAUUCAUUCAGCGAAAAUGCUUGGCUGGUGUGUGGAGAUGCUACAAGCAUACCUGCUCAUACUAGACGACAUAAUGGACAGUUCGUCGACGCGCCGCGGUAUGCCGUGUUGGUACCGUCUGCCGGACGUCGGCACGCGCGCCAUUAAUGACGCCAUCUUGAUUUACUCCUCCAUGUUCCACGUCAUCAAGACGCAGUUCGGGGGAGAGAAGUUCUAUACCAAGAUAUUGGAAUUGUUUAAUGAGACUCUGUUCCAAACCUCAAUCGGGCAACACCUAGAUCUGACGAUGGCGAAUCGUCACAAAAACGACUUCAGUCUGUUCACGAUAGAGCAGUACAACGCUAUCGUCAAGUACAAGACUGCGUACUACACGUUCAAGCUGCCGGUGUGUUUAGGCUUGCUAUUGGCCAACAACACAGAUCCGGCCAAGCAUAAGAAGGUAGAGGACAUCUGCCUCGAUAUUGGCAGAUUCUUUCAAAUACAGGACGACUACAUAGACUGCUACGGCGACGAGUCAGUAAGCGGCAAGAAAGGCACGGACAUCCAAGAGGGCAAGUGCUCGUGGUUCGCGGUUCAGGCGUUGCAGCGGUGCGACGCCAACCAGAGGACCGUGUUCUGCGCCUGCUACGGCAGCCACGAGCCGGCGCAUAUUGAGCGGAUAAGGAUACUAUACAGACAGUUACAACUGCCGGAACUUUACGCGGAAACGGAAGCGAAAAUGUACGACUCGCUGAUAAGCCAAGCUCGAGCGAUGCCCGAAGAUCUGUCGCCUACUCUAUUCGUCAAACUUAUUGAUAUGCUCAACAAGAGGAGCUAUUGAUAGGCUGGAAAAGUGGUAUUGGUGUGUAGGUAGAUAAAUAACAUCAUAAAAUAAUACAGAUCUAGUGCAUAUUUUCCAUCGUAUUUUCACGGAAACUUACGAACGUGUCUUGUUACUUCAGUCAGUCUCGGUAAAAAAAGUACUGACAUUGACUGAACUAGCAUGACAAAUACGAACGUUUCCGAGAAAAUACGAUGGAAAAAAAUUAUGCACUACAUCUGCACAUGUUUAUAUAUUUUCCAAAGCUCUCGGUUAAAGUUUAUUGACGAUGCUAAUAGUGAUUGGUAGUUUUGCGUCAAAUUUUGAUAUUGUAGUCGAUUUUAUUCAUUGCUCAAUAAUUUACUAGUUUUUUUUUCUCGUCGAAGGCACUUGUUACUGACGAAGGUCUGAUCACAUAGCUACCUAUUUGUUUAUUUAAAGUGAUACACUAUAUACAGGGUUACUUUUUUACCAGUACAAUAAAUCAACAUACGUAAUUGUUGCCAAAAAUAAAAAAUACCAGCAUUCUUUGUUACUACUAUUUGGGAACAAAAAAACAAAAAUACCAAUGCCCGAACUUAUCCGCUAAAGUACUAGAAAAUGUGGAUGCCUUACGCAUCAAUUAGCAAACGCACGAACUGGCAACUGUUUGUUUACGUCAUCGCGCGCGAUUUCAUACCGUUGACACCUUGUAAUUAGUGCAACCAGAAGUUACUAAAUUGGUGAAGGAUAAAUUAAUUGUAGCGAAAUAAAAAAAAAAUAUUUGUGCAAUGUGAUCUAUUAUCGAUACCAAUGAUGUGGUAAAAUGUAUUGUACCGGUAAAAGAGUAACCCUGUAUUUAACAUCUUAAUUACAUCAGUAGGAAUCCAUAUGUGAUGUUGACAUAUUCUCUAGUUUUGCUUAUUUUAAUAUGAGUAGGUACAGUCAACGGUAAAAAUAUGGGUGUAGACAACUUACUCAAAAAUAUGUCCCAUAGUUCUUAAUUCACUGACAUAAAGAGUUACGGGACAUAUUUUUGAAAUGAUUUGUACUUACACCCAUAUUUUUACCGUUGACUGUACAUGUUUUAAAACGAAUUGACUGUAUAUAAUGAUGUUGAAUUAAAUAUAUUUAUGGGCAUUUUUUCGAUAUUUACCACACAUCUAAGUCAAAUAAGUUAUUAUGCAUAUGGAUAAAAUAAACUAUUGCUACGAUAUACCUAAUGAAAUACUGAGGUUGCUAUUCUUAUUUCACGUUUUUUCUUUCAAUAUCGCGCUGGCACUGAAUGUGUUAUGUUAUGUAUAUUCGUGAAUGACAAAUUGUUUUAAUCCAAUUAAUUUACUACCUUAACUCAAAUGGUCAAUAUUUAAGCCUUCACAAGGUAUAUUUGAUUUAGGAGCUACACUUAUAGAACCUUUCGUAAACCAAAUACCUAGAAGCAUUUCUUUUAUUCAUAGUUUUAUCCAAACAAAUGAAAUUCAUCCCAAUUUACUGCACCACAAGGUUCAAAUUAAAAAAAGAAAAGUUUGUAUUUAACGAGGGCCAUAUGAGGUAUGACAAAAUCUGUCCAGGGUUAAAAUUUAUUUUAGGUAUAUCAGUGUAGUAGUAUGUGGGUGGAGGUGUUUGUAAGGUGUUGGCAACUUUUAUAUUAGGUACAUAUUAUGCUCUUAGUACAAUCUCCAGCAGAAGUUACUAAGCGGGCGAGGUGUUCGAAAUUACCUUGACACCUCUUAUUCUCUUAACAAUAAAGUCGCGUCAAGAUCAUUUUGAACACCUGGCGCGCUUUGAACCUUCUGCUGCUGACUGUACUUAUUAAGCCCCAUUUUAGACGGUUCAAGAACUUACAUGCGAUUUUCAUUAUAUUGCCGUAUUUGGUCGAUCGACUGACUUCAUUGUACCACCACCACCACCACCACAGAUGGUUAUAGCAAUGUAUCGAAAAUAACAGUCUAAAUGGGACUUUAAACAUGACUUCAAAGACUGAUAACUUCUAUGUAUAAUGUACCUCGAAUUUUAGUCAGAAAUGUAUAAAAUACGCUCCACUAUAGAUAGAAUUGUCGCACAAUACAAUUAUAACUCCAUGUAUUGGCUAUAUGUGAAGUACAGUGUCGGGGAACCAAAUGCGAUUGCAGCGCACGUCGUGGCAAAAAUAAAAACUCUUGGGCUCAAGUAAUAAUUAAUUAUUCAUGUCAGAUUACAUGUUAAAUGUAUAAAAAGAGUUUUUUCGUUGACAGAGGACAAAUUGUUAAUAUAGCCCAAAGCCGCCAGGCGCACGCCUAUCUAGUGCACAUAGCAUUAGGGUGAAUCAACUUUUUCUUGUCACUAGUUGCCCUUACGGUCUCCUGGGUCACUCUUAAAAUACUAGUUAUUUCGUAUUUAAAUGAACCAAACUUGAAUUUUUUGGUAGUUAUUUAGUUGGCCUUUCCAUAAUGGGACAUCUACAGUCUACUAAGCACGUUUGUAGAACAUGGUACAGCAGCUCUUCUAAGAAACUAUGCUUCUAUUGUCUCCUGGCUCAUGGGACAGAAUAACAACAAGAAAUAGUUGAUCGACCCAUUAAACUGUGCCAAUACAUAGAGUAUUUAUCAGAUUAUUUAAAUAAAAAAUAUGUUUUGAUUGUUUGGUUGACUCUAGUUAAACUAGAAUUGUUUGGAGAAAAAUGUGUAACAUAAAAUAUAAAUUGUAAUGAUUAUUAAUGUUGAUUUAAAUGUAUUAAAUAUCUAAAUGUUGUUUUAACUGUUGUAAGUAAAAUAAGAUAAUUAUUUUAUGAAUAAAAUUGAUUCUAAUAUUAAA